GAAAUCGGAGGCUGCCGGGCGCGGACGCCGGGAGGGAAAGGCAUCCGGAGGGAAGGCCCGGGGCCGCUGUCGAGUUCCCAGAGGCCUGCCCUGUUCUGCCAGCCGCCCCGCCGCGGGCGAUGCUCGCAUGCCCCUGCUCCGUCUUCGCCAGCCGGAAACUUUGCCUGGAGAAGUCCCCCACCCUCCUGACCGCGCGGAGAGGCGCCUGGUGGGCCGCGCGCCCCCGGGGGCCCCGCAGCCCCGCGCGUGAUUGCGGGGGCCCCCAGGCGCCUGGCGCACGCCGCGCCCCGCCGUGCGCGAGCGGCCGCCAGGAUGCGCUACGCGGACCCCUCGGCGAGCCGGGAUUUGUUGGGGAACCGAACUUUGCUCUUCAUCUUCAUCUGCGCCUUCGCCUUGGUGACCUUGCUGCAACAGAUCUUGUAUGGCAGGAACUACAUCAAGAGAGGUCUCCAGUUUGGUUGGCAGAAUGGUGACCAGCUGGCCAAUUGGACGGGGCUCUUUAAUGUCAUGGAUGACCCAGAAGUGCAGAGUGGCAGUGACUCCAGCUCCAGGUACUUUGAAUUUUACGAGGGCCCCUUUGAGUAUAACUCCACGAGAUGCCUGGAGCUGAGGCACGAGAUCUUGGAAGUGAAGGUGCUUUCCAUGGUGAAGCAGUUGGAGCUGUUCGACAGGUGGAAGAGCCUCCAGAUGUGCAAAUGGGCGAUGAACAUCUCUGAAGCCAACCAGUUCAAGUCCACUCUGUCUAGGUGCUGCAAUGCCCCCUCCUUCCUCUUCACCACCCAGAAGAACACGCCUCUGGGGACGAAACUCAAGUAUGAGGUGGACACCAGCGGCAUCUACCACAUCAACCAGGAGAUCUUCCACAUGUUUCCCAAGGACAUGCCCUACUACCGGUCCCAAUUUAAGAAAUGUGCCGUGGUGGGCAAUGGGGGCAUCCUAAAGAACAGCCGCUGCGGGAGGGAGAUCAACAGCGCCGACUUUGUCUUCCGGUGCAACCUACCCCCCAUCUCGGAGAAGUACACCAUGGAUGUAGGGGUGAAGACAGAUGUGGUCACGGUGAACCCCAGCAUCAUCACAGAGAGGUUCCACAAGCUGGAGAAGUGGCGGCGGCCCUUCUACCGGGUGCUGCAGGUGUACGAGAACGCGUCCGUGCUGCUGCCUGCAUUCUACAACACGCGCAACACCGAUGUGUCCAUCCGCGUCAAGUACGUGCUGGACGACUUCGAGUCGCCGCAGGCCGUGUACUACUUCCACCCGCAGUACCUGGUCAACGUGUCGCGCUACUGGCUCAGCCUCGGGGUGCGCGCCAAGCGCAUCAGCACCGGCCUCAUCCUGGCCACGGCGGCGCUGGAACUGUGCGAGGAGGUGCACCUGUUCGGCUUCUGGGCCUUCCCCAUGAACCCCUCGGGCCUCUACAUCACCCACCACUACUACGACAACGUCAAGCCCCGCCCGGGCUUCCACGCCAUGCCCUCCGAGAUCUUCAACUUCCUGCACCUGCACAGCCGCGGCAUCCUGCGCGUGCACACGGGCACCUGCAACUGCUGCUGAGGGCGGCACAGGCUGCCCGCCAGCCCGGCACACGGAACCUCGCUCCUCCUCGCCCGCCCGCCCGCAGGGCACGGCGAAGGCCUGGCGCUGAGGCUGGCACGCCCUCGGACGCUCGGCUUCGGGCUUGGGUCCUGUGGGCUGGGAGGCUGGGCUGGGGGCUAGGCAGAGUCAGCUCCGUGCCGAGCGCCCCCCACCUGUGCACGGGUAGCGCGCUGCUGGGCCGCACCUCAAGGUUGUGGCCCUGGGGACAGCAAGUGAAUCAAGCACAUUUCCACUCACUUUUAGCAACCAGGAGAGCACAAACUGUAUGACCUCUUUGCAGCUAAAGGAAGGCCCCAGCGGGAACGGAAAAGAGGGAGACAGGACAUGUGAGCAUGGUUAAGGUUUAACUCAGGAUUUUGGGUUCCUGAGUCUUAUACCCAGGUCUCAGCCCUGAAUUUUUCUUAUAGAGAACCUCAGAGCUUAGAGGCCAACCCAGCGGCCAGACCUUCCUGUGGGGACAAUGGCUCAAAGAGGUCCAGGGAUUACCAACCAAGGUUCCACCAACCGAGUCCAUCAAGCGGCACUGUGAGAUCUGAUGCAAGGCCUGUGUUACG